AUGAAAGUAAUUUCUACUAAAAAUUUGGAUAUCAACGAAGUAAUCAAAUAUUUCGAACAAGAUGUUGUUGUAAUUCCCACAGAAACAGUGUACGGUCUGGCUGCUUCAAUAAAUAACGAACAGGCUUUGAAAAAUAUUUUUAGACUAAAAAAACGGCCUAUAGAUAAUCCAUUGAUAGUGCAUGUAUCGUCACUCGACAUGUUACGAACAAUUAUUGAAGGCGAAGUACCAGAAAACUAUCAGAAAAUUAUAGAAAUUUUUUGGCCUGGGCCUAUUUCUCUUUUAUUUAGGGCUAAUAAAAAUCUAUCAAAAAAUGUUACAGCUGGGCUUAACACUGUAUUGGUGCGAAUGCCUGAUAAUAAAGUCGUGUUAGAUAUAAUUGAAAAACUUAACGUUCCUUUGGCUGCCCCGUCGGCCAAUGUUAGUGGAAAGCCAAGCCCAACAUGUGUUCAACAUGCUAUUGAUGACUUUGGUGAUAACUGUCCAUUAUAUUUAGAUGGCGGUGAAUGUAAAGUUGGACUUGAAUCAACAGUAUUUUCAUACAUCAAUGAGCCUAUAAUUUUAAGACCUGGUGGUGUAAAAAUUUGUGAGUUAGAAAAUAUAAUUUGUAAGAAGAUAAAUGUAAACUAUUUAUCUUUUACAGGAAAAAAUACUACAAUAUGUCCGGGCCAAAAAUAUAAGCAUUAUAGUCCUAUUAACAAGUUUAUUGUUAUAACAACUGAUACUAUUAAUUUAAAAGAGUUAAUUAAAAAUUAUAAAAAUGUUGGAAUUCUAUCGCAUUUUAAUUUUAAACCACAAAUUGAAAACGUUACUAUUUUUGAGUUAGGAAAUAAUUAUAAGGAAGUAGCGACAAACUUUUUUAAGGGACUAAGAAAGUUAGAUACAACUUGUGAUAUAAUAAUAACAAAAAGCUUACCGUUAGAAUAUGAAGGGAUGGCAAUUAUGGAUAGAAUGAAAAAGGCUGCGCAUCAAAUUUUAGAAUAA